AUGGGGACGACGACGACGCAGGCGUACGGUGAGUCGUGGUACUGGGAUAACCGCUACGCCAACGAAUCAGGGCCGUUCGAUUGGUACCAGAAGUACCAAUCUUUGGCGCCGCUCAUCAAUCUCUACGUCCCUCGCCACCCCAACCAACACCACCGCAUCCUCGUCGUCGGUUGCGGCAACUCAGCGUUCAGCGAAGGGAUGGCUGAUGAUGGAUACGAUGAUGUGGUUAGUAUUGACAUUUCCUCUGUGGUCAUCCAAGCUAUGCAGGACAAGUACUCUAAUCGUCCACACCUCAAAUAUUUGCAAAUGGAUGUUCGAGAUAUGAGUGCUUUCCAAACUGAUUCCUUUGAUGCUGUUGUUGACAAAGGAACUCUAGACUCUCUGUUG